AUGGCACUGAUGCGAUCCUUCCUUUUGGUGCUCAGUACGGGCACACUCUGGGUCAGCACCAGCGCAGAGGAGGCAGAGGCCAGUUUACUGGCCGGCGACGAUGCCUGCACCUCCGAAGGGGAUGAGUGCAGUGUGUCCUUGCGCCAGCUAAGACUGGGUCGCCAGGAGGCACAGGCAGAGGAAGCGGCGGAGGAGGCCGAGCCGGUCUCCUUCGCACUGCCCUGCACGGAGCCUUCGGAGUUUGCCACCGAGUAUGACUCCGGCAGCUUGGAAAACUUCUCAUUCGCGGAAAUCAACGAGCACGUCCAGGACUCGGAGGAAGUGGGCGAGACCGACGACUGCUUUGAGCACGGCGUCUACUACAGGGAGGCCAACAACGCCAUCAGCAUGCAUGGUACGCACAGGUCUAUCGCAGUGUCCGCGGCUGCUUGCCAAAGCGCUUGUUCGAGCCACAGUGGCUGCGGCCACUUCUCCUUCUGGAAGGAUGGAGGCUGCCUUUUGACAAGCUCCGGUGCCCAUUCCGUUUCGCACAGCGGCGUUGUGUCUGGCCCGGGUAGCUGCUCGGGCGGCGCAAGUUACGAAGGUGGCCCGGUUCCGACCUACCGCGGGCCCAGCGUCCUUCCGGUGAGGAGACGUGCUGGCCUCUCUCCCCCGAAGGACGUGCAGCAGUACAACGGCAUCUCCUGGCCGACCAUGAAGAUCCACCAGAGCAAGGCCGUGCACCACAUGUUCGCCAUCGGCGAUUGGGGAAGUCUGAUUGGAACCAACCCAGGUCGCAUGAUCCAGUACAAGGGCGGCCAUAGCGGUGGCCCUCACACCAUGGCACGCUGGCGUGGACCCUGCACCACAGACCAGAUGGCGUCCUGCUUUGGCGGCGGUCCGUGCCCAAAAGAUUGCCACUACACACAAGAUGCCGACUACCGCGCGCAGAUGAACGUCGCAACAACCAUGAAGAAGUUUGCAGCGCAGCGCAGACCUGAUCUCUUCAUCAACGUGGGUGACAAUUUCUACUGGGGAGGUGUGAACACCUUUUGCGGAACGCCAAUGCACAAGAUUGACCCAGUGACGGCUCACCAGUUCCAAGAGAUCUUCGAGAAGGUCUACCACGGCCCCGGCGUGGAUGGAAAGCCCUGGCUCAGCGUGCUGGGCAACCACGACUACGGUGGCUUCCAGUUCAACAAGGCCUGGGACCAGCAGAUCAGCUACACCUGGGCCAGCAACCGCUGGGUCAUGCCAGGCCAGUACUUCAUGCAGCGGGUGGAGUACCCCGAGUUUUCCGUCGAGAUCCUCAUGCUGGACUCCAAUGCGAUGGACUCCCAUCCCAAGAGCGCUGACCCGAAGCACAACAUCUGCGGCGCCAUGCACAAUCCCCCGGGAGCCAACUGCGCUGCCACAGGUGGGCCCAAGGACCUCGACGCCUGCUUCAAGUUCAUGUGGGAUACCUGGAGAAGUCAGGAGAAGUGGACCGAGAAGAAGCUCCAGGAGUCCUCCGCCGACUGGCAGCUCAUCGCCACACACUUCCAGUGUGGACACCAGGCACAGUGGUACAAGAAGCUGCACCAAAAGUAUGGCCUGGACCUUCUGGUGACCGGCCACACGCAUGUGCAGUCCAUCUUCGACAAGUGGCAUGUCCUGGGCGGACUGACCUGUUUCAUCACCGGUGGUGGCGGAGGCAUUACUGCGGAGAAUUCGCCAGAGCACAGCCAUAGCACGGCCUAUGGUUUCUUCGACCUGGCGUUCACCAAGGACUCCGACUAG